AUGCGUUGGUCACAAACAAUGAACGCAAACGCACUGCGGGCGUACUUUAGGGCAAAAGGGGAAGAAACCGGAUGUUUGGCAUAUCGGGCUCGGAUGCAUCGCUUUUUUGCAGAGCUGGAGCCAUCUCUAUCCGUCACUGAGCAAAACCUGGCAGACCGAGUUCGGUACAUCCUGCGCUCCAACAUAUUUGGUGACGCCGAACUCGAACGACUACGACGUGAGGCUGUUCCCUCAUCGGAUGGAAAUGCUACGGCUGGGAAUGCGGCGCCACUAAUUGCGCAGCAAACUGCAAAUGUGGACGCUGCCGUCAAUAUUCCAUUUGUAGUUGAUUCAGACGAUGAUGGAAUAGUCCCCCACGAACUAGAGAAAAUGAGGAGCAUAUUGGAAGAGUCGAUGCUGGAAACGCGCAGCAUGCCUCUCGAAAAUCGACCGCGACUUCCCCGCAUACCCCUUAGCAAGCGAAAUCGGGCUGUCGUGCGGGCUCUUAACCCAAUGCUGGUGACCUAUUUGGAAGCCAGCCGGGACCUUUGCGAGACGGACUCUAUUCUUUUUGGCGCCGCACUGGCAGUAUGCCGUAUUAUUGGCGCCAAACUUCCCAUGGCUGGACGUGCUACUCAACAAGGUAGUGCCAUCCCAGCCUGGAGAAAAAGAAUCGAGGACCGUAUCGCAAAGGCAAGGGCCCUUAUCGGCAGACUGACAAGCUUCAGGUCGGGUAAUAUUAGACCGAGAGUUGUGCGCACCGUUAGAAUGGCGUUUGCUGGGACAAAUAUUAGUUUGUCCCAGCCGGAUAUCACGCAGAAACUAACGGAGCGCAUAGAUGACCUGAAGCAAAAAAUCGCUGCUUGGGGGAAGCGGAUUCGACGAUUUAGCGAGAGGUCAAGGCGGUUCAACCAAAAUCGUCUCUUCCAGAGUGAUCAGAAGAGGCUCUAUAAAUCAUUGGAGCGACCAGAGGUAUGUGGAGCGGGCCCAGGACCGGAUCAGGCUGACACUGUCGCAUUUUGGCGUGGCCUGUGGUCAGAGCCCGUAAACCACAGCGAGGGCCCUUGGAUGGAAGUUGUGGCGAGCCGGAGUGCAAGUGUUACGCCUAUGGACCCCGUCACCAUAACGCCUGAAGACGUGGCUGAGGCGCUUGUAAAGAGUACUAUAAUAUACACUGUACUUACUUUACUUUACCCCUUGAUGUACUUAUAA